GAAGAGACAUUUCACAACUGACAUGAGAAAAACUGACUGAAGAAUUAAAGGAGACAAAAUUAAGUUCAGAGAAACUGAGCAAACAUUGCAGCAACUGACUGAAUAUUCAACAAAUCGCCUGAAGAUUUCAUAGAAACCCGACUGAGCAUUUAGUAAAGUGACUCCCGAGACAUCGUUUAACACAGUGAGAUUACAGCUGGGAGGUGUUGAGCUUUAAUCAGGAGGAACUAAAAGUGGUUGACAAGGAAAAUUGAGAGAACAUUUGGAUAACACUAUAAGAACAUGGACAGAACAUCUGGAGAAUACUGAAAGAACAUUUGGGCCAGCUGUCUUCCGACAUAAACACUGAAGGGUUCGUUUUCAGGUCUUCAAUUGAUCAGGUCUUCUGAGACAAAUGGCCGUCAGCACACCAACAGACAAGUAUUUUGGCGUCUGGCUGAUCUUCUUCAUGCUCGGUUUGGGGACAUUGCUGCCCUGGAACUUCUUCAUGACUGCUACCGUGUACUUCACCAGCCGUCUGAAGGACCCCUCAUUGGUCAAUUCUUCAGCCAAUCAGACAGAGAUAGCAGAUGGACAACGUAGCGUUCUGGAGGCCAAAUUUAACAAUGUGAUGACGCUAUGUGCCAUGCUGCCACUGCUCCUUUGCACCUGCCUCAACUCCUUCCUGCAUUCGCUUAUUUCUCAGCGUCUGCGUGUGAUGGGCAGCCUGCUCAUCAUCAUGUUCGUCUUCAUCGUUACCGCUGUCCUUGUAAAAGUACCUCUGGAGCCCCUGCCCUUCUUCUCCGUUACAAUGGUGAAGAUUAUCAUCAUCAACUCCUUCGGGGCAGUGCUGCAGGGCAGUCUGUUUGGGAUGGCCGGGUUGCUGCCAGCUUCAUAUACGACUCCUAUCAUGAGUGGUCAGGGACUCGCUGGAACCUUCGCAGCCUUCGCUAUGAUCUGCGCCAUCACAAGUGGAUCAGAGCUUCAGGAUGCAGCGUUUGGUUAUUUCAUCACAGCCUGUGCUGUUAUUUUUCUGUCUGUCCUCUCCUAUGUCCUGCUGCCUAAACUGGAGUUUUACCAGUUUCAUCAGGAAAGAAACAGGAAACAGAGAUCCGACGAGGAAAACUCUGUAAAUCUGAUGAAAAGACAGAGCAAAGAUGAAACCGCUGAUCAGAACAGACCGCAGAGCGUCUCCAUGGUGAUAAUAUUUAAGAAGAUCUGGGUGUUGGCUCUGUCAGUCUGUUUCACCUUCACUAUCACCAUUGGCAUGUUUCCAGCCAUUGCCGCUGACACCAAAUCCACCCUUGCUGAUGGAGGCUCUUGGGACCGGUACUUCAUCCCAGUCAGCUGUUUCCUGCUAUUUAACUUGUGUGACUGGGGAGGGCGAAGUUUUACAGCCGUUUGUAUGUGGCCGCAGAAGGACAGUCUAUUACUCCCUGUGUCCAUCGUGUGUCGUCUAGUCUUCGUCCCUCUCUUUAUGUUGUGUAACGUUCAGCCUCGUCUCCACCUACCUGUCUUCUUCCAUCAUGACGGCUGGUUCAUCUUCUUCAUGAUUGUCUUCGCCUUCAGUAAUGGAUACCUGGCCAGUCUCUGCAUGUGCUUUGGACCAAAGAAUGUUCUUCCUCACGAAGCAGAAACAGCUGGAACCAUCAUGGCAUUCUUUCUGUCUCUGGGUUUGGCUUCAGGAGCUGCUCUGUCCUUUGUCUUCAGAGCACUGGUUUAAGUGGGAACUGCAUCUUUCUUAGUGGUUCAACUUUAACACUACAUGGUUUUUAGUGGUUUAGCCACCUGUUUACUACUGGAUUAACUGGAAGACAGACUGUUACUUGUCUGACUGGGAGAAAGUGUUUUAUUAAAACAUUAGGGCUAAAGUUACAGCUGACUGUCAAACCUUCAGAUGUUGGAGCAUCACUUAGUGUUUCAAAAUGAACCUGAAACGAGUUGUGCAGAUCAACAACAAAUAUUUUGUCCUGAUGAUGGCGCUACAGGAAACAUCAUCGGGAACAACAAGUACAGAUCAUAUCUGUCUGUUCAAGACUGGACCCAAUAUUAACAUCAACUGUUUGAUGAACUCACCUGUUGAAUUUCCUGAGCUUCUUCUUUUUUCUUCUCAGAUGUUUUUUCUUUCACCAUUUAUUUUAAAUUAACACUUUGGUGGAAUCGCUCUCCCUCUUCUGUUAUCCUGUAUUAAAGAAUCAUUUUCAUUAG